AGUGCGCCCGCAAGCCCGCAAGUUCGCGCGACACAUAACCCACGCUCUCUCUCGUUAUAAUCGGCGGUGCGAGGCGCUUUUUUGACUAAUUGGGGGUGUGUGUGUGUGUUGUUUUUUUUUUUUACGUUUUUUUUUUCAACGGGCAAUGAGUGGGUCUUUUUGGGUGGUUUACGAGCUUUUUUCACAAAUUUAUUUUUAACUCUGGGAACCGUCUUGGGGGGUGCGGAACUUGAGAGGUGGAAGUUAUCUGUGUUGGUGGUUACAAGGUGCUUAUCGGCCGGCUCUGCGGAGGGGUUCGAACUGGAGAGAAUUAUUAUGGAGAUGGGAUCUGGAUUGGGAGAAGAUUGACGAAUGAUGCCCUAACGGAGAGCCGGCUGGUGCGUGGGUGUCGGGGUAAAGAGAGAGGACUCCGUCGUUGACAUCACCACGGCAAAGUUACUCGCGGGAUAUAUUUCGAGACAACGAUAAAAUCGAGACGAGGGAACGAGGGGCAGGUAGCCCUUUGGCGAGCUCGAAGGAUGCAGCUCCCAGGCGGGAGCACGAGCAGUUCGCAUAAGCGUUCAACAACGUGUCAAUCAUCGACACUCGACAUAAUAAACGACAGUAAACAAAAUAUAAAACGACAACAGGGAGUUUAUAAUCAAGCAGACUACCGAUGUGGUAGUUGUUGCAAUAGAAUUGGGAGUGAGAGUGGCAACGGUAACGGCACUGGUCCCAACAACGAUUCUAAACCACUUGAGAAUCGCAAACGCAUCACUAGAACGUAUCAGCGAUACCGAUAUAUCGUGUAUCGACAACAACUGACGAGCCAAAGGUGGAAAUUUUGGGAUAAGGAAUAGUGAAUGGAUAUUAUUUUUAUUGUUUUUAUUUUAAUAGUAUAAGUGAAGUACGUUGGAGAUUGAGGUUGUGGAUAAACAAGAGGAUAGCAACGAUUACGAGGGUUAAAGGGGGUGAAGUGAAGAGACAGGAGCGCAAGAAGAGAACCAAGAGAACGAGAAAAAAGUGGUGGUAGUGGGUCAGACAAGGUGGUUGCGGCGGCGGCGGCGGCGGUGGUGGUGGCCGAGGUGGAUAAUACAAUCGAUUAUAAAUAAUUAUCGCAAUUGGACCAAAACAAUAAACCUCGAUAACUUGUAAAAAAGUGAGAAUUGAAUGAAAAAAUAAAAAAAAAAAACGGGAGGAAGGAGGAAGUUGUGGGGAGAGGGUGUUUCCAUCGACAUCGAGAUUUAUCGGUGUUAAGGCAAGGAGAAGGAGCGGCAAAAUAGUAAGAAGGUGGGGAGAAGCCGCGCGCCGCACACAAGUAGGGGGGUAGGGUAGUGCGUCUGGGACUGGGAAGAAAUAACCCAGGAGUUGUUGUUAGAGGUAGUGGGGAUUAAGAGAGUGAGAGGGAGUUUGAGAAUAGUAAGCAUCAACUCGAGCCACGAGGCAAGCUGUUCGAGUGAAUAGGGGAGGGGUGACAAGGAGCCCUGGCGGGGAGGGGACGCGUAGGCCUUCGGGGGGCCGACCAAUCAGACGGCCGAUGAUGUCAUCGGAGGAGGAGACCGACUGUUUCGCCCUCUACGGAGCAACCGCGGAUAGUAAGCAACAGCAACUCCUGAAGAAACAGAAGCGCACCAGACAGCGCGUGGACGCUGGUGAGCCGCGCAACAGUUACUCUAGUAUACCGAACUUCAGUUCACGUCCAACAUUUCUUGGUAGUGGUAUUUACGGUGCUAUAUUCAGUGGUACAGGACCACCAACUGGUCAUCAGCAAUCGUCACAACAGGGACAAAAUUCAACGUCGCAGCAACAGCAGCAACAAUCACCAUCGCUCCAGCAACAGUCUGGAGGUGGAGGUAAUCAAGGUCACCUCGCAACAACGACGGGGCCGACCACACAGCACUCUGCCCACGCGGCAUUUGGCUUCUUCGGGCCACAGAGUUUCGGCCAGGCCAAGAUGCUUAACGAGCUCCUUGGUAGACAGGUCAAGCAGGCCAGUGACGCUGGCGGUUCACCACCAGAAGGUAGUCACGGUAUGACAGGUGCUGGUAUGGACCAGUCGACAAAUUUACAGCAGGGCAGUGUCGUUAAUUGUGACGAUCCUGCUGCUGCAGCUGAAUUAACCCAGCACAUGCUGCGGGAUAUACUGCAGGGAAGAAAAUUAUCAGGUCUCUCGGUACAAGAACAACCAAAUAAUAACAAUAGUAUACACAAUAAUAAUAACAAUACGACAACGGAAUUAUUGAAGUCACAGCAGCAUCAGCAGCAGAGCCCAACGCAAUUACAUCAGAAUAGUGAUAGUGCGCGGAGUAUAAGUGGGACAGUGCAGAGUGGAGGGGAGGAGAGUGUUGAUGGUAAUAACGUUAAUGCGAAUCAUAGUGAUCGGGAUACAGUGAUGCCAGGUGACGCUGAGGACAGUGCUGAGGAUGCAGCAUCGGCUGCGCGCGCCAUGGAAGAGGCAUUUGCCGAGGCUGGCAUGGAGCCUGGUGCUAAUUUAGAUGGUUCUGAUUGUGAACAGAGUUUACCACCGAGUCCGACGGCACAAAGACCGGGUUCGGUAACAGUUAAAGAGGAAUUGCAUGACUCGAUGAGCUUGAGGAGAAGUCGAUCAUCGAGUCACUCACCCUGCCCAAUUGUACCAAAGACGGAGACGAGCUCGCCAACGACUGAGAUUAAGCGCGCUCGUGUUGAAAAUAUCGUCAGUACAAUGAGGAGUAGUCCAGCACUACAGCCGGUUAAUGGUUGUAAAAAGCGUAAGCUUUAUCAUCCACAGCAGCAAACUGUUCAUCAUGUUAUACACCACAGUGUUAAUGAUCCAAUGCUGGAUGUUGAUGAGGAUGAUAGUGAUGAUGAGGAGGAUCCAGCGACGAUAAGGCUGAAGAGAGAGGAAAAGGACAACCUGAAAAGUCAAUUGAAGCAUUUGCACAAGCAGCUGGCGGAGAUACAGCAAAAGUAUCACGAGCUCUCGAGUCGUAUGGAUCCAGAGAGCAGUGAGAGCGUUGAAGCGCCAUCGAGUCCACAGAGAGAGGCACAACAACCGCCUCCGCGACCGCCAAGACCCCAUCCACCACCCUAUAACAGUCUCCCAUCACUGCCACCUGAUCAUCCACACGCAACAGCAGCAGCCAUGUAUCACAUGGGACAAAAACUCUACCUCGAACAGCAGCAAGCCGCUUUGGAGCGUAUGAAGCAGCAUCAGGAGGCAGCUGUUAGACAACAAGCGCAGCAUCAAGCGCAACAGCAGCAUCGUGAUAGAGAGCACUCGCGUGAUUUACAUCCACGACAACAAUCACCCCAACCAACGAGAGACGUACAGAAUCAGAGUCGAAGUAAUACGGGACCACUGACACCCCAAACACCCCAGAUGCAACAAUCUGUGACACCUCAUCACCACAAGGACUUCCCAGAAAGACUGAAUGUGUUUGGCCCCGGUGGAAACAUAACACCUUCAACGGGUACACACGUUACAGAAGCUGAUCUUGAAACUCUAGCCGAUAAAAUGAAAUCCGAGAUAGCCUUAACUCUUAGUAAUAUCAUUGACACUUGGAUCGCGGAGUGUAUGCAGCAGAGAAAGUUCGUUGGUAAACCAAUUGAGGCAGCGCAAGCAGCUGCUGAUCAAUUAAACAAAGAUUUACUCCUAGCAAGUCAACUAUUAGAGAGAAAAUCACCGAGGACUAAAGUGGUUGACAGGGGUGCACCUCAGUCAAACAGCGGCCCAAACGGGCAAAGGGGGCCCCUAAACGGUGGCCCCCCGCCUCCACAGUCAACUCCAUUUUCCCAGAUUGGCAGUCUCAGUGGUGGCCCACAUGGACCCCUCUCUGGCCCAACGGAAAAUAAUCUCAAUCAAAUAAAUCAAUUACCGCCUCACGCAAGGCCAAGUGUCGGUAUGUUUCAAGCACCAAAGCCACCAUCGAUAUACGCCAUGGCAUCGAUGCAACAGCAGCAACAGGCACAGCAGCGUGAACAACAGGCGCGUGAACAGCAGAGAGAGCAGUACUGCAAUAUGAGAAAUGAGGACAGAGAAGCGAGAGAGCUUGAGCAGAACGAGGCACUCUCGCUCGUCAUGACACCAAAGAAAAAACGUCAUAAGUUCUUCAAUUCCCAGGUGACCGAUACGAGGAUCACUCCACGUACGGUAUCAAGGAUUUUGGCACAAGAGGGUAAUGGUUCGCAGGGUGGUAGUGAUAGUCCACCACCCCCACCACCACCAAGACCCUAUCAUGGUCCACCUCCAAUGCUGCCUGUAUCGUUACCCACAAGCGUUGCGAUACCAAAUCCAAGUUUACACGAGAGCCAAGUAUUCUCACCCUACUCACCAUUCUUCAAUCCUCAUGCGGCUGAUCCUGGUCAAAUGCCACCAUCGCUUCAUCGCGCCGGUGCACCACGUCAUUUACCAGCAAGCCCACCCGGUGGUGGUGUUGAUCUUCGUGAUUCACCACCACUGCCUCAUCCACCAGCUAUGCUGCAUCCUGCACUACUCGCUGCUGCCCAACACGGUGCAAGUCCCGAUUACGGACACCUGAGAAUGGACAGCAAUGACAGGGGUAGUGACUGCAACUCUGGCGACAUCAGCUACGACGGAAUUCAGCCUACAUCGUCGACAUUGACGCCGAUGCAUCUGAGGAAGGCGAAGCUGAUGUUCUUCUGGGUGAGGUAUCCGUCCUCGGCCGUCCUAAAGAUGUACUUCCCGGACAUUAAAUUCAACAAGAACAACACUGCUCAGCUAGUCAAGUGGUUCUCCAACUUCAGGGAAUUCUAUUACAUUCAGAUGGAGAAAUACGCGAGACAGGCUGUCUCGGAAGGCGUUAAAAACGCUGAGGAUCUGAGGGUUGGCGGUGACUCGGAAAUAUAUCGAGUAUUAAACCUCCACUACAAUCGUAACAACCACAUUGAGGUAUGGGGUCCACAGGUACCCGGUAACUUCAGGUACGUGGUAGAACAAACGUUAAAGGAAUUUUUCAAAGCAAUCCAGGGUGGUAAAGACUCGGAACAGUCUUGGAAGAAAGCAAUUUACAAGGUGAUAUCGAGGCUCGAUGAUCCAGUACCUGAGUACUUCAAGAGCCCAAAUUUCCUGGAACAACUCGAGUGAAUCAGGCCAGCGCUGCGUUGCUCCGCGUGGUAGCCCGGUGAAUUAAAAAGAUACCUUAGACCUUACUAUUAAAUGAGGACAAAAGUCAUACCAAAAAGUAAUAAAACAAAAAAAGAAAUAAAAUUGAAACGAAAAAAAAAAUGUAUUCAUCGCGAUAUGGCGGAGUUUGCUACGGAAAGUGGCCAUUCGACGAUGGACUUAAUCCAGGUAUCCCUUCAGUAACAUAUCGUGAGAGAUGUAGGCGAAAAUUGAGAUAAAGCAUGAAAAUUUUGAUUAAUGCAUGAGAAAGAAAAUGCAUAAGGUCGAAGGAGGAUGAGGAUCGACGUACAUUAAUUUGAGAGUGAGCGAUUAUUUCCAAAUAUCGAUUACUAAGCUAUUUAUCAGGGAAUCUAAUAUAUUUGAAUCAUGUGCACGAAGUAGAUGUCCUUCGCGUGUCAAUCCAGAUAAAUCGAUCAAGGGAAUGAAUUCAUCACCUCGGUACUUUAUUUUAAUAUUAAUCCACUGAUAUAUCCUGUAAUGUUCCUUGAUACGUUUAUUGAUUAACCAGAGUCAAGUUUUGGUCCAAAGAAAUUCUGGAGUUCGAGCCUCGAGAUUGCCUCGUUGAUACUUUUUUUCAAAUUAAAAGAGACGAAAUAACCUGAUACGAGGAAAAAUAAAAUUCAAGGAGUCCGUCAUUGCUCAAUUCUCUAUAGAAUAAAUGACCGAUGAUUGAUCCCUUGAAUCGUCAUGUGAGAUGUUACGAACGACAUGAAACUGAUCGAUCUGUCGCUUAGUUCCAUGUCGUUUUGGUGGGGAUAAAUUGAAUUGAUAACCUGAAGUAAUGCAGGCAUCGAUUACCUAAAAAUUAAUUCUCAUCAAACUGGCUGUGCGUAUGAAGACUGGCGAUUCGGCCAAUCAACGAUGCAUCCUGGGGAUUUAAUUCGGACUCUAGAUAUUUAAGAUGUGUAAAUAGUAUUUUUAGAGAAUUAUAAGUUUUUAGUUAUGACAAAUAAAUUGAUAAACCGAGUGAAUGUAAAUUUUUAUUAGACGAAGAGAAUUCAAUCGUCCUGAACGAAUUAGUUGGAUGAUAGAGACUAGUCUGAGGGAAGAUUAAUUAAUAACAUCGCGAAGGCAUUAAUUGGGGACAACUAGGCGCGGGUUACAAUAGAUCAACAAUAUUGUCGAUGGAAUAUUCGAGAAAUUUUUGUAGAUUCAACACUCACAUUAGCACGAAACACAAUUCAUUGAAAACAUAACAUUGAAAUGUUGAAGACAUAAUGCGGAAUUUUAUCUUAUUUUCUGGGAAUGGAAAGCACUUCCCCUGAUUCUAUCAUACCCCGUGUUUUAUCCCUUUUUUUUUAGUCAAUGUUACACCCUGUAGAUAAAUGAACAGACCACUACAUUAUUCGAUUAAUGAGGUGAAAUAAACAGAGAAAAAUACGAGAGUUGUGAGGAGACACUGAAGCUGGGUGAGGGGUAUUUAAAUCCUCAUAAUUAAAUUAUACUUUUUACGAAUUAUUACAUUUGUGUUUAACAUAUCCUGUAGUAUGUUAUGGUAUAAUUAUUUUUCAUUAUAAAUAACGUAUUUUUAUGAUUAUUAUAACGUCAUGUGGAGUAUAAAUACUAUGAUUAAUAAUUAUGAUUAAUUAAUUAUUGCGUUUUUAUGAUUUCUUUUGAAUUAUCAUUUGAUUUAGAAUUGUCAAGUAUAGUCACUUAAGUUUCUGCAAUCUUUCCUCUCCACUUUAUGAAUAUGGGGUACCAUUCACCCGACACACUAUCACUUUCGCUAAUUAACGGUGAGUCUUAACCUAGUCACGAAUCACUAUUUAAUUGAUUGAUAACCAAUUAUUUUAUUUAUUAUUUCACCAAUAAAAUUGACAGUAAAAAUA